CAUUUUUUUUAAAUUUUCAAAUUUCCCGCUGCCGGCGCCCGUACGUCCCGACGUCACAGGGACCGGAACACAGAAGCCGGAUGCCGGCAUCAGCCGGAGGAGAUGGCCGGGGACGCUGCAGGGGACACAUCGUGGGAGCGAAGGACAAGGUAAGUGAAGAACACAUGCCGGAGCAGUGCCGCAUGGUAUUCCCAAGUGUAGCUCGGGGUUACCGCUUUUGGUACUGAAAUGUUACCCCGAGCUACACUCGGGAAUACCGCCAAGGAGGUUAAA